GGUGUGUCAAAAACUUAAAAGUGGCCACAAUUCUUCAAUUUUUUUUUGAUGCAACCAUCCAAUAUUCUUAGCACAGUCGAUUUUUCUUCCCUUUCACCUUAAUCCGUUCGUGCAGCAAACCGGCGCGCCUAUUCAGCGGGUUAAAACAAGCAGUAUGGACUGUGUGCGAUCAUGGAAGAGGGAAGGAAGGCUGAAAGUCCGCCAUUUCAUCCAACAUCAUCCAUCUCUAACGUUCCACUCCAACCACACAGCUUGAAAGUUCACUGAAAUUGCACUUCAGAGAAUGUCACGAUUCGAUAACGCAAUCCGGCUCAAGCUUUAUCUGCCGUGUGAGAAGCACAAAUCGCCAAAUCUCGACGGCCCAACUCCAAAUCUCUUAUGCGGGGGUUUGUUUCUCGACCUUGCUGUACCGGCACCGCCUUCGAUUUUGAAGUCCUUGUCUGUAAAAUGUCGCCGGAGAACGGGGUUCCGCAGAGGAACUGGCACCGGGGAAUCAUUUUUAUCAGUGAGCUUAUCGGCAGGGGAUAGAAAAAGAGAUGUGGUUGAUGGGAGUCCUGGGGAAUGUUUGAGACACAAUAGUGAUAAGGUCGGCAGUGCUGUGGAAACCGGAAGUGGAGCACCCUUGGAUCAGAAGCGAAUGAUUGGGUCUCGGAGACACGGAGCUGUCAAUACUACUAAACAUUUGUGGGCGGGAGCUGUCGCAGCUAUGAUAUCACGAACUUUUGUGGCCCCACUUGAGAGGUUGAAGCUAGAAUACAUAGUUUGUGGUGAACAGAAGGACAUAUUUGAUCUUAUUAAAGUCAUUGCAACUACUCAAGGCUUGAGAGGCUUCUGGAAGGGAAACUUUGUGAACAUACUUCGUACAGCUCCUUUUAAGGCGGUCAACUUCUGUGCUUAUGACACUUACAGGAAGCAAUUAACGAGAUUAUCUGGGAAUGAAGAAACUACAAACACCGAGAGGUUUGUUGCCGGUGCUGCAGCUGGUAUUACUGCUGCUCUUAUUUGCUUGCCGUUAGACACUAUUCGUACUAAAUUGGUGGCACCUGGUGGUGAAGCAAUGGGAGGUGUAAUUGGAGCUUUUCAUCAUGUGAUCCAAACAGAAGGGUUCUUUUCACUGUACAAGGGUCUACUACCCUCCAUUCUAAGCAUGGCCCCUUCAGCGGCAGUAUUUUAUGGUGUAUAUGAUAUAUUAAAAUCUGGUUAUCUGCGAUCACCAGAAGGAAGGAAAAGGAUGCAGAGUUUUAUGCAAAGGGAUCAGGAAAUGAGUGCUUUUGAGCGACUAGAAUUAGGACCAAAGCGAACAUUACUGCAUGGUGCCAUUGCUGGUGCUUGUGCAGAAGUUGCUUCCUAUCCUUUUGAGGUCGUGAGAAAACAGCUUCAGUUGCAGGGGAGAGCACCCAAACUGGGUGCAUUUGCAAUUACUUCCAAGAUAGUUGAAAAGGGAGGCAUUCCUGCUCUUUAUGCUGGAUUGUUCCCCAGCUUACUGCAGGUUUUACCUUCGGCAUCCAUGAGCUAUUUUAUUUACGAGUUCAUGAAGGUUGUUCUUAAAGUGGAAUGAUGGUACAUACAAAUUUUGUAUACCGAGCCAUGGGAGGAAAUUUGCUCUAGAGCAAUAGAAUGUAUUGCCAAUUUCACACGUUUCUUUUACUUCACAAGUUUUGCCACCUUGGGCAUGUACGAGCCUGUCCAAUUCUCCUAUGCUGUCCAUUAGUUUGGUGUGUUACAUAUAGAAUCCACUAUACAGUGUUUAUCUUGCAAUCCUUUUUUCUGAUGUAGAACACAUCCAAUUUGUUUUAUCUUUCAUUUUAAAUUUAAUUAUUAACUCUUUGUUCUUUCUUGAACCUGUGUUAGAUGAACAAAUAAAUCUCAGGAUAAAUGAUAUACUCAAAUCUGUGUUUUUC